CUGUUGAAGAUAAUCUCUUUUUCCCCCUGUAGUAUUGUCUCCUGAGGGACAUGGCAUGUCAAAAACGAAAAGUUUUCCUGAAACUUCUGAGAAUUCAUCAGUAGGUGAUUCUUUGUAUCCUGCACAUACUUCAGUCUCCAAGAAUGUUUCUGAGAUUGUGUCAAAUACCUCAAGUACAUCUAUAGUUAUGAAAAAGUCAUCUACCUCGACGACUUACAAGCGCAUUAAAUUCCAAUGGAAGAAGAAAAAUGAAGCUUCAAGUUAUAUAGCUGUACCAGACCCCAGUGUCCUGAAACAAGGCUUCUGUAAGGACCCUUCAACCUGGUCUGUGGAUGAAGUGAUACAGUUUAUGAAACAUACAGAUCCUCACAUAUCAGGCCCCCUCGCCGACAUCUUCAGGCAACAUGAAAUUGAUGGGAAAGCUCUGCUACUACUGAAGAGUGAGCUGAUGAUGAAGUAUAUGGGGCUGAAACUAGGACCAGCAUUAAAAAUAUGUUACUACAUUGAAAAACUAAAAGAAGUAAAAUAUAAUUGAAAAUGUGCAAAUUUAGAUUAGAGACAAUUCUCAGGUAUACUGAAAAUAUUUUACUUUAAAAGUAGUUUUUCUCAUCAUUUUUAUUUUAUAAAAGGUUUUUAUAAAAAUGUCUUAUCAAAAUUCUAGUACAAUUACAUUGAUAGUAUACUCUUAUUCCUUAAACACCAUUGAAUAUGUUUUAUUAGUAUACUUAUAACUGGCAACUUAAUAUUUAUGUCUUUAAUUAUUUUUAUUGUGUUUACAAAUGUACUUCAUGUAGCAAACAGAUGAAAAUUUUAUUUGGAUUAAUCUUUAUAUCUAGAACCAAAUAGCUAAACCCCAAUGGGGAAAAAACAAGCAACUUAACCUCUUUUAUAAAAACAUGAGAAUUUUUCUCAGAGAAUUUGAAAAUGCACUUAAGCUCUCAUCUCCUCCCCAAUUAUUUUAUAUGUCUGAUUUUACAGUGUUCUGUUGAUGAUAUACUACUACUAGAAAGGGAAGAGCCAUAUAAAUUAUUUUCCUUUCUGUUGGUGCCCUUGGUGGUGUAUUUGUUCACACAAGGGGAAUAGCAAGUCUAUAAGCUUUCUUAAAGUGUUCUUACUAGUCUUUGAUAUUUUUAAACUGUAUGAUAGAUUAAAGUGAAUAAUUUUGUGCAGGAGAUGUUUAUUCUACUAGUGUAAAUUGGAAGGAAUUGGAUAAACUUUAUACCUAUCCUACAAUUCUGUAUUUUUUCUAAGCUCAAACAUUAGACAUUCAAUUUGACAUCUCUACUUCCAAGAUAUUUGUGUCCAGAUUUUAAAAAUUUGUUUAUUUUGUGUAUAUUACUCAUACAGAUACUUUAGCAUAUUUAUAUACUAUUCUAUAUCUGUGAGAAUAUACAAGUGAUCUUUUGACUUAUUAUGGCACUUUAUACUGCCACAGAGGUAAUAACUAUAUAUAGAUGUUUAUUCCAUUAAAAAUACGUACAUCAUUUUGCUAUCACCAGUACCUCUCAGCUUGUUAUUCAGGUGAUAAGAAACUCUACAUAGAUUGGCUCCCACACAGGGAAGCUCUUUAUCUUAUGCAAUAUUUCUAAUUAAUUUACUUAGUUCUGAGCCAUCAAUUCUACUACAUUUUAAAAGGUACAUUAAUUCUGACAUCAGGGCUUCAUUUUUAUAAAUGAGAGCUUUCAAAGGAAAAUGGUUCUACAAGCCAUUACUUUAUAUAGUGGUGUAAUGCAUAUAAGCUGUAAGUCAGGUAUACAUGUAUUAGCCAUUUGUUCUAAAUGUCAACAAAAUGUUCACCAGGACAAGAAUGUACAUUUUCUCUUUUGAAUACCAAAUGUGUUCUAUAUAACAAUGCACAUGUAUAAAAGAUUACUUCACCUAUGUCAUUUCUGAUACAACUUCUUACUUAAACUUGAUCUUCUUGCAAAUUUUUUGUAUGAAGAUAUUAUGUCCAGUUGAACGGUCCUCAGGUGUUUAUAAUACUAUGUCUUAUCUUCGGAUUUAAAGACUAUAAUAAAGUUAAAUACCACAGCAAGCAACACCUAG